GAGUACGGAGUAGUGGCCAUUGGUUGGGAUGAGUACGGAGUAGUGGCCAUUGGUUGGGAUGAGUACAGAGUAGUGGCCAUUGGUUGGGAUGAGUACGGAGUAGUGGCCAUUGGUUGGGAUGAGUACAGAGUAGUGGCCAUUGGUUGGGAGGAGUACGGAGUAGUGGCCAUUGGUUGGGAUGAGUACGGAGUAGUGGCCAUUGGUUGGGAUGAGUACGGAUGGCCAUUGGUUGGGAUGAGUAUGGAGUAGUGACCAUUGGUUGGGAUGAGUACGGAGUAGUGGCCAUUGGUUGGGAUGAGUACGGAGUAGUGGCCAUUGGUUUGGAU